AUGGUUUUGAACCUCAUUCUGGUAGCAGCAGUUGCAUUUCUAUUCCAUCAAUUGAUAUGGAAGCGAAGGAACUGGCCGGCUGGACCAACCCCUCUACCUCUAAUCGGAAAUCUUCUCUCCCUACGGUCCCCUGCGCCUGGAUACCAAGCUUUUGACAAAUGGACCAAAAAAUACGGAGACAUUUACACUUUCUGGCUUGGAACCCGUCCUUACAUCCUAGUUUCCAGCUACGAAGCACUCAAAGAAACAUUCAUUAAAGAUGGCGAAACUUAUGCUGACAAAAAACCAAUGGCAUUCCAAGAAGCGUUCCGAGGAGGAUCGUAUGGAGUUGUGGAAACCAACGGACCGUUUUGGAGGGAACAUCGAAGAUUUGCGAUUCAUCAGUUUAGAGAUUUUGGUGUUGGAAAGGAUAGGAUGGAGCAGAGGAUUAUGAUUGAAGUGGAGGAUAUAUUCCGAAAUUGUGACAAAACUUUGGGAGAAGGUGUUGAUUUGACGGAUAUUUUUGAUAGAGCAAUUGGAAAUGUGAUCAAUCAAAUGUUGUUUGGAUAUCGGUUUGAUGAGACCAGAGCCGACGAGUUCCGCACCAUUCGCGCAUUCUUCAACUUCAACUCUGGAGAAUUCGCUUCUUUCUCAAUGCGAGUUCAAUUUUUCCUCCCAUGGAUGGGAUACAUCAUGCCAGGCCCAACUAUUCUUGACAGAUUCAAGAAGUACCAGAAGGGAUUCACAGAGUUUUUUGGAACACAGAUCGCGAAUCAUAAGAAUGAGAUAGAUUUUGAAUUGGAAGAUAAUUCGGACUAUGUGGAAGCCUAUUUGAAGGAGCAGAGAAAGAGAGAAAAGGAAGGGGAUUUCGAAAGUUUUAGGAAUGUUCAGACUGUUCCUGAUUCUUCUGGUGCUCCAGAGAUCGACAAGGCCAAGUUGGGUGGGAUGCAUACGAAGGAGUUCCGAGCGAUUUUGAAGAAGCGUCAUGGAGAACUAUAA